AAUGCCUGGGUAAACAGAAGCUUCCUGCCUAGAUGUGUCUCAGAGGGAUGUGCUUCUGCUCACUGAAGCUGUUGCAAAUGAGGGGUGUGGUUAUGUGCUGUGGCAGUACAGGUUAGGGGAGAAACGCAACAGGUGUGCACGGUUUACACAGAGCAGGGAGCUCAGUGUGAAUCUGACCGGCUGGGGGAACUCAAAGCUUUCUUUGGGAUUAAACAGCUGAGAGAAAAAGGCCAAACAAUGGCCAACUUUGGAGGACACGCUAUACCAGGCACUUUUUUCCUGUUGUAUGGCUUCUGGCUAACAGUGAAGCAUGUCCUGCAACAUUACUGGAGGACGAGCCAACCCAGAGGAAGACAGGCCAUGCCUCCUUUCUUAAGGAGGAUGGAAUACGUUGAAGGAGGAUUCAAAAUCUUUGCAUCAUUUGUCGGUACGAUGGUGGAGCAGUUUGUUGUGGACGGUCCACACGCCCGCCUCUAUGAUCGGGAGAACUCCUCAUGGGUCAAGCUGAUGAACUGGCAGCACAGCACCAUGUAUUUGUUCUUUGGGAUCUCAGGAAUAGUGCUGAUUGCCAGCGUAAGAACCAAACGGGUGCCGGUUGGUGCCGACCGCCUUGCUCUCUCUUUGGCUCUUUUUGUUGAAGGAUUUCUCUUCUUGUACCAUGUGCACGGCCGGGAGCCCCUGGAUGCUCACGUCCACACCCUGCUGCUGUAUGCCGUCUUCGCCGGAUCGGCCAGCACCAUGCUGGAGGUCUUCAUAAGAAACAACAUUCUUCUGGAGCUUUUCAGGGCAGACAUGUUCAUCCUGCAGGGCUCUUGGUUCUACCAGGUUGGAGUUGUUCUUUACCCCUUAAAUGGAGACAAGUGGGACCUGAAGCAACAUGACAACAUGAUGUUCGUCACGAUGUGCUUCUGCUGGCAUUUGGCGUUAUCUCUAAUUUUGGUCUCUUUCACCGCCUCCAUAGUUUGGUUAACCACAACAAGAUUCUCAGCAAAAGGACGGGAUGUAGAGAUCGGAAUGCGAAACACUUCCUCUAAAACCAGCUCUCAGAAAGCUUUACUUGAAGAGUCGGAUGAAGAGUAAAACGAUGGUUACUGCUCUCUCCAUUUUCUGUUUUAAAUCAAAAUUUCAUUUCAUUAUGUGUUAAUAAUGCUUCAUAUGUUUAAACAAGCCAGAUGUUUGGCCAAAUAAACUUUAUCUUUUUGAAAUAAAAGUAAGACAAAUCUA